AUGGCGGGCAAAAGCAAGAAGAAGAAGAUGGUCCUUAAGGCAGUCUCUGUCGUAGACAUGGGAUGCAGCAACUGUAAGUUCCCAAGCUUGUCUUCCCUUUUCAACCGUUCCCCCAAAAAGCCCCGUCUCCACUCCUCUAAUUACGGACACUGCCACUCCACGGCCUCCUCCUCCUCCUCCGCCAUUCCCUCCACUAACAACUGGUUCUCUGACUACACCUCCUCCUCCUCCGCCACACCCUCCACCGCCGCCGUCGCCGUCGAGAAAGACUCUGACGACCCUUACCUCGAUUUCCGUCAGUCGAUGCUUCAGAUGAUUCUCGAGAACGAGAUUUACUCCAAAGACGACCUCAGAGAGCUUCUCCACUGCUUCCUCUCUCUCAACGAGCCUUACCACCACGGCAUCAUCAUCCGCGCUUUCUCCGAGAUAUGGGAUGGAGUUUUCUCCGCCGCCGUCAAACGCCGUGGCGGCCACCAAGAGUCUCCACUCGUCCGUAGCCACGGGCCAUCACGUGCCUCACGUGAUUACCAUAAUCCCUACCACCGAUCGAUGUAA